AUGAAUUCGUUGUACCGUCGCCGUCAAUCCCUAAGUUACAUUUGGAAGACGGCAUGGAUCAGUGCGCCCGCCUCGCAUCGGCCUGCGCCACGUUUGCGGGCAUGUCGGCUGGGCGCUUUGCCAACAAAUUCGAUCGAUACCGCCCGCUGCAUCGGAAUUUUCAUCCGCUUCCUUCGCAAAUUUUCGGGUAGACCGUCCGUUACGACUCGUGGGAUUGAUUUGGCGAACAAUUACUCAAUUUAUCAAAUGCGUGUGAUUAUUGACUGA